CAAACUUACUACUCUGUUCCCCCAGUAAAACUGAAUCCAAGAUCUGGGAUUGUAAUCAUGCAAUUCUCUUUUCAAUGCUAAUCUUCCUAGGGUUUCUUCUCAGGUGAUCCUACGAAUUAUGCUUUGUUUCUUGAAAUUCUUCUUCUUCUUUCUCCCGAUUUGGCUCUUUCCUCACUGCUCUAAUGGCCGCAUCUUCACCUUCAAGAUGCACCACCGAUUCUCUGAUUCAUUCAAGAACUGGGCUGAUUCCGCUAAUAAUCACUUCCCAGUAGGAAAAUGGCCAUCCAAGGCAAGUUUCGAGUACUACGCAGAGUUGGCCCACCGUGAUCAGAUUCUACGUGGCCGGAAACUCUCCAAUCUAGACGCGCCGCUCGCUUUCUCAGACGGGAAUUCCACUUUUAAAAUUAGCUCUUUGGGAUUUUUGCAUUACACGACGGUGGAAUUGGGUACGCCAGGAGUAAAGUUUAUGGUGGCGCUUGAUACGGGAAGUGAUCUGUUUUGGGUGCCUUGCGAUUGCAGCAAAUGUGCGCCUACUCAGGGCGCUGCUUAUGCUUCUGAUUUUGAGCUUAGCAUAUACAACCCCAAAAAAUCAUCAACACGCAAAAGGGUCACCUGCAACAACAAUUUGUGCAUGCACCGUAAUCGAUGCCUUGGAACAUUCAGCAGUUGCCCAUACAUGGUCUCUUACGUCUCUGCUCAAACUUCUACUUCUGGAAUUUUGGUAGAGGAUGUUCUGCACUUAAGAACUGAAGACAGUGAUCCAGAAUUUGUCAAAGCAUAUAUCACAUUUGGUUGUGGACAGGUUCAGAGUGGUUCAUUUCUGAACACUGCAGCUCCCAAUGGUUUAUUUGGGCUCGGCAUGGAGCAGAUUUCAGUUCCUAGCAUUUUAUCUAGGCAAGGUUUAGCAGCUGAUUCUUUCUCCAUGUGUUUUGGAUCUGAUGGAGUUGGAAGGAUCAGUUUUGGGGACAAAGGCAGUCCUGACCAAAAUGAGACCCCAUUCAAUCUGAAUCCAUCACAGCCAACCUAUAAUAUUACUGUGACUCAAAUUCGAGUAGGGACAACAUUAGUGGAUGCUGAUUUCACAGCUCUUUUUGAUUCUGGGACCUCCUUUACAUACUUGGUUGACCCAGCCUAUGCAACUGUUUCAGAGAACUUCCAUUCACAGGCAAAAGACAGGCUUCGUCCGCCUGAUCCCAGGAUCCCCUUUGAAUAUUGUUAUGAUAUGAGUCCUGAUGCAAAUGCCAGUCUGAUACCGAGCAUGAGAUUAACCAUGAAAGGAGGAAGCCAUUUUGCUGUAUCUGAUCCAAUAGUUGUCAUAUCCACUCUGAGUGAACUUGUAUAUUGCUUGGCUGUUGUCAAGAGUACUGAACUCAAUAUAAUUGGACAAAACUUUAUGACUGGCUACCGUGUUGUAUUUGAUCGAGAAAAACUUGUCUUGGGAUGGAAAAAGACUAAUUGUUAUGACAUUGAGGAUUAUGACAAGUUCCCAAUAGAAUCACAUGCUUCCAGCGUGCCUCCUGCUGUUGCUGCUGGACUUGGUAACUAUUCUAGUCCUCAAUCAACAAAAGAGGGCAGGAGUAACUCUCAUAGUUCAGCUGCAUCACCAUAUGACUAUACUAAUUCUUAUUCUGUAAUUAGCUUUAUAUUCUUCUUCGCAUUAUACAAUUUAUUGUAGCCUAUUCUAUUCUACGGUCAUUCAUUUAGCGGGACAGUUGAUGGUAGUUCCAGAUCCCUAAAAAUAUAAUCUUCCUGUAUCCUAGUUAUACAAGAAUUUUGUAGUCUUUUGUUCCUUUCCUCAUUCACUGGUAAACAAAAAAGAUUGAUCCCACCUGUGGAUAUAGUGCACAUUCGGCAUACAUCAUUCUGUAAUUUCUUAUUGUACAUCAGAUGUAGCAAUUUUUCAUUGAUACCAGCGUA